CGAUGCUCGGGUGCUUUUCUUAUUCUUCUUCUCCUUCUUCUUCUUCUUCAAUAAGGGGUGAUGAAGUUUAAUUGAUUCGCAUUCCAAAAGGGUUUUUCCAAAACUGGAAAUUGAUGUGUUAAUAAUGAAACCAAUGGUGAUUUUCUUGGUUUUUGGCAUGUGGAUGAUGGUGGUUGUGGUCAAGGGUAAAACUGGAAAUACAACUUCAUCAUCUUCAAGAAUACAUAGUGUUGUAAAUGUUGGAGCUUUGUUCACUGUGAAUUCGGUUAUUGGGCGUUCCGUGAAGCCUGCUAUUGCAGCUGCCAUUGAUGACGUCAAUUCGAGUCCAAGUAUUCUUGUAGGAACUCGAUUGAAUCUUAUUAUGCAUGACACUAAUUGCAGUGGAUUUCUCGGCACCAUUGGAGCUUUACAACUGAUGGAAAACGAUGUGGUGGCUGCUAUCGGACCACAAUCCUCCGGCAUAGCCCACGUAAUUUCCCACGUCGUCAACGAACUUCACGUACCACUUCUCUCAUUCGGUGCAACCGAUCCGACUCUUUCAGCUUUCGAAUACCCGUAUUUCAUCCGCACCACACAAAACGACUACCACCAAAUGUCCGCCAUAACCGAUUUCGUUCUACAUUUCGACUGGAAAGAAGUCAUCGCAAUAUUUGUCGACGACGAUUACGGCAGAAACGGAAUUUCUGCCUUGAGCGACGCCCUUUCCAAGAAACGUGCCAAGAUUGCUUACAAAGCUUCGUUUACUUCAGGUGCAUCGGAAAGAGAAAUAACUGAACUACUGAUCGGAGUCAACUUGAGGGAGUCUAGGGUUUAUGUCGUUCACGUGAAUCCCGACUCCGGUCUAGAGAUUUUCGCCGUUGCAAAAAAGCUCGGCAUGAUGACGAGUGGUUACGUUUGGAUUACCACCGAUUGGCUUCCGGCGGUUUUGGAUUCGUCGGAGUUGCCGGAUCCUGACACGAUGAAUCUCAUUCAAGGGGUUGUGUCGUUACGCCAACAUACGUCUAGUUCUGAUAUGAAGAAAUCUUUUGGAAAGAAAUGGAAGAACAUCAAAGAGAAAGAGACAUCUAGCUUCAAUUCAUACGCUCUCUACGCUUACGAUUCCGUAUGGCUACUCGCACAUGCUCUUGAUAAAUUCUUGAAAUCUGGUAACAGUAUCACAUUUUCAUACGAUCCUAAGCUUCGGAACACCAACAGAAGUGAGCUCCGGUUAUCCGAACUUCGGAUCUUCAACGAAGGAGAGAAGCUUCUCGAAACGAUUCUGACCACAACCUUCGUGGGUUUGACCGGCGAGGUGAAGUUUAACGAGGACAAGAACUUGAUUCAUCCGGCGUAUGACAUCGUGAACAUCGUCGGAACCGGUGUACGGAUCAUCGGAUAUUGGUCGAACCAUUCUGGUCUCUCGGUUGCCGUUCCUGAAUCGCUGUAUGCGAAGCCUUCAAAUCAUUCUCCGGCCGAUGAACGUCUUUACAGCGUGAUUUGGUCCGGAGAGACGACCAAACCGCCGCGGGGAUGGGUUUUUCCGAACAACGGGACACCGUUAAGAGUUGCAGUGCCGUAUAGGUAUAGUUAUAAAGAAGUUGUGACGAAAGAUAAGUCUCCAGAAGGUGUAAGAGGGUAUUGUAUUGAUGUCUUUGAAGCUGCUGUGAAUUUACUUCCUUACCCUGUCCCUCGGAAAUACUUUUUAUAUGGAGAUGGUCGAAGAAACCCUAGCUACACCAAUCUUGUGAACUCUGUUGCUCAAAACACAUACGAUGCAGCAGUUGGAGAUGUUACUAUUACUACAAACCGAACAAGGAUAGUUGACUUUACACAGCCGUACAUGGAAUCGGGGCUUGUGAUAGUUGUUGCAGUCAAAGAAGCAAAAGCACAACCAUGGGCUUUUCUCAAGCCAUUCACAAUUGAAAUGUGGCUUGUCACCGGUGGAUUCUUUCUUUUUGUUGGAAUUGUUGUUUGGACCCUUGAGCAUCGGUUAAACCAUGAAUUUCGUGGACCUCCAAGGCAACAAAUCAUCACAAUCUUCUGGUUUAGUUUCUCAACGAUGUUUUUUUCACACAGAGAGAACACUGUGAGCACAAUGGGACGAAUCGUACUAAUCUUGUGGCUAUUUGUGGUGUUGAUUAUAAACUCAAGUUACACCGCGAGCUUGACAUCAAUCCUCACAGUACAACAAUUAACCUCACGGAUUGAAGGGAUUGAUAGUUUGAUCUCAAGCAAUGAUCCGAUUGGAGUUCAAGAUGGAACUUUUGCCUAUAAUUAUUUGAUUCGGGAUCUUAACAUUUUGGAGUCUAGGAUCAAACCAUUGAGAGAUGAGGUCGAAUAUGUAAAUGCACUUCGUUUAGGUCCAAAAGCUGGUGGUGUGGCUGCCAUUGUUGAUGAGCUUCCUUAUAUUGAGCUCUUCAUGAGGUAUACUAAGUGCGAGUUCAGGAUCGUUGGUGAAGAGUUUACUAAAAGUGGUUGGGGUUUUGCAUUCCAGAGAGACUCUCCUCUAGCAGUGGAUUUAUCAACAGCCAUCCUUCAACUUUCAGAAAAUGGAGACUUACAAAGAAUUCAUGACAAAUGGCUAUCUUUAGCUUCAUGUUCAUCUCAAACUACCCAAGUGGAAGAGACCAGUAGCCUCUCUCUUAACAACUUCUGGGGCCUGUUUUUGAUAUGUGGUGUUGCAUGCUUCAUUUCUCUUAGCAUCUUCUUUUUCAGAAUAUUGUGUCAAUACCUUCGGUUUAUUCCUCAUGAUGAAGAAGCUAAUGAUCAUGAGAUUGUGGACCCAGCCUCACAAACACCACGCACUGGCAGACGAUCCCUUCGCGCCAUCAGCUUUAAGGAUUUGGUUGAUUUUUAUGAUAGAAAAGAGGCGGAGAUCAAGGAAAUGGUUAGGAGAAACAAGAGGCAUGCUAGUAGGGACUCCGAUGAGCAUAGUAGUUCAUCUUCCUAAUUAAAAUGUUGUUCUUUUGGUUUUGUUUUUGUUUUUGAUUUAUAUGAAUCUGUUGCAUGCCCUUAUCAUGUACAUAUAUGGCUGAAAGUUAAACUAAGAGAGAAUUAAUUGCAGGUAUACGGAAUGUAUUUUGGGUUAGUUUUUCUUUUAGGAAGUUAUAUUUGAGACUAAUAUUUGAAGGCUUGUAUUAUAAGAGAGUAUAAAUUACAAGUUUGG